AUGGACGAAGGUCAGACAGUCCACGGCAUCAAACCGAAUGUACGUGUCAUAAAGUUAUUCUUUACCCUGUCCAUAACUAUUAUCAGGGUGACUAACCAGCCUGACUCAGACGAGGUACCAGCCCAUUGCGCCGAACCGAAUGACCCCGCAACCAAGGUGACUAACAAACCUGACUCAAACGAGGUAGAUGCAGCUCGUCCGUAUGCUAGAGAGGCCGUUUCUGGGUUAAACCCUGUUUUCGGACCUGUGCAAGCUGUGGCAUCAGGCAUCAACGAUGCAGUCGACUACGUCACCCCGUUACUCGGAACAGUUUCCAAGUUCAAUUUUAUUGUUGACACGGUUGCCGAGAUCCAUCCAUACGCGAAGGCAGCAUGGGGUGUCUUACCAUCAUCUCUUAGAUGGCUCGCGACGAGUCUCUCCGGCAAUCUUGUCAAAAAUGAAUGGCGUAUAUAUGUUUCUCAAAGAGACAGACCUGGAGAACAUCAAGACAAUGAAAACCGUCGUUACGAAGAUAUGUCAGCAGACGCUCGAGUGUUCCUAUUUCAUUCGCGAUUACUCCAAGAGCAAGAAUUUCUGGACGAGGCUAGGAAAAAAUGUCGUAUCGGAAACUGAUGAGACAGUAAAGAGAUACAACACCGUUUUCGAUGACCUCAUGCAACAAUUUCGUGAUAGGGCAGCACAUGACACGGUGGUGGUUGUGCACCGAAUGUUGGAAGGAA